CUGUGUGAUGCAGGCACAGAAGGAGGAGGAGCCAGCAAGCAGGGAAGAGGCUGAGUAGUGCUCUCGCUCGCAGUCUCCCCUCAGCGCACAGCUCAGCCGAGCCUUCCUCUCUCUCUCUCUCUCUCUCUCUCUCUCAAGCACACAGAGUUAGCAGCCAGGAGCGGGGAAAGCCACUCCAGCACCUGUCCCAGUCAUGCUGCCCUGGAGACGGAGCAAAUUCGUACUGGUCGAGGACGAGGCCAAAGGCAAGCCUAAAAGCCUGAGUGCAGGGCUGACUUACCACUCCAUCAUCUCGUCCCUGGUCCGAUCCUGCCCCGACCUGCUGCCCGACUACGCCUUCGAGCGCUUGGGGAGCGUCUUCCGCACCAAGAGGCAGAAAGUUGAGCUGAACAAGGACGAGCCCACUUACACGGUGCGCUACCUGGGCAGCACCGUCACCCUUAACGCUAAGGGGGAAGGCUGCACCGAGGAAGCGGUGGCCAAAAUCUGGAGCAAAAGUGACUACGGCGGGCAGAGCACUAAGAUGAAGUUGACCGUGGGGCUACAGGGCAUCCGACUGAGUCACGACAAGGCAUCCAAGAAGCUGGGCAACCUCUUCGUCCUCCACCGCAUCACGUACUGUGCGGCCGAUUCCCGACGACCCAAGAUCUUCGCUUGGAUCUACCGCCAUCAGAUCAAGAACAAGGCUGUGGUGCUUCGAUGCCAUGCGGUGCUAGUCACCAAGCCUGAGAAGGCCAGGGCCAUGGCAGUCAGCCUCUACCAGACCUCCACUGCUGCCUUCAACGAGUUCAAACGGUUUAAACGCCAGAAUGAUUUCAGACACUGUCAGCAGCAGCUGUUAGGGGGCGACAUGGUGCCAGGGAUGCCCCUACGGAGGUUGCUCAAUGGCCAGUGUCACUACCGGCCGCCCCUGGACAGCUCUCCUGGCAUCUACCGACUGGGGUCCAUCACCGAGGAGGAAGAAGAAAGUGACAAAGAGGAAAAUGAGAGAGACAUGAACAAGGAGGACAAGGAACGGGUCCAGUCAAGUCCCUCCAUCAUUUCUUCACAGGACAGGGACCUGGGAAAGAUAGUCAACAGACUGGACGCAUGCAGCCUCGGCAGAAUCAGAUGUCUGGCGAGGCAGAUCAGUAUCCGCAGACUCCUGUGAGCAUUGUUUGUUGAGGAUUAUACCUGGAAGGGCUGUGAGGCUUUCACUACGAUGAUAUCACAAAGGGAACAAUGAACUCAGAAGCGAUCAGAGCACAGAGAGAGGAGUCACUUGGCUCACAAUACAUCUUUCCGUCCUCUUGAGACCAAUUUCAGAUGAAGCAGACAGUGAGAUACACUUUUCGGUUGCUAUGUACCAUUUAAAGUGUAGCUGUCAUCAGUGCUUACGACAAAUUUUCAACAACUGAUUAGUCUUCAGGAAAAAUUCUUUGUAAUUUUUUUAAAAAGCCAAGCCUUCUGGAAUUUUCCACAGCUGAUUAAAUCUCUGAGUGUGCCCUCAAUCCUAAGAGCAAAAAAUGAAAGACAGUUUUACUGUUACCAGGGAAAUGAAACACCCAAUGAAGUAAGCCAUAAUUUAAAAACAAAACUAUAAGGUUGUCUUGUUUAAAUCUGCCAUUUAUUAGACCUUGCUUAUCACUUGUGCAUGCCAGCUAGAUAGCUUGGGUCCCAUUUUAAUUUAAGCUUUUAAAGGUUACUUGUUUAUAUAUUUGGAGUGUUUUAGCUCUGCACUGUGAUAUCUGUACCUACCCAGAAUUCCAAUGUGGUUGGUUCGCAUUACUUUUUAUAAUGCAAUAAAAUGUGAUGAACCAACCUGG